AUGGUCGGAACAACCCUUCAAAUGCGCGAGGGCGCCGAGCUCGUUGGAGAACACGGAUUCCGAUACCUUCUUGUCAAGCCCCUCGGCCAGGCCAACGUAUGGGUCGCUGUCGACGCGGCUUCCCAAGAGAAAAUCUUCAUCGUAAAACAGCCCGGCGACGAUGACGUCGGAUAUGGAUGGCCAAAGUUUCAACAUGAGAUGAUCAUGCACGAGCUUCUCAAGGGCAUUCCAACAAUCAGACAACAAGUAGACCGUAUCCCACCCACCAGGGGUGGCCCGCCACGAAUUGUGCUCGAAAUUCUCCAAUCUACCCUAUGGGAUGCACGAAGGAAGCGCCAGUUCAGUGACGUGGAGCUCAAGGGCAUCAUGCGCUCGGCAUUGUUGGGCCUGCGAGACGUACACGAGCGAGGUCUGGUGUAUGCAGACCUCAAAAUGCAGAACAUCCUCCUCAGCGGCUUCGAAAACGAACCUAGUGCUAAUGCAAAGAUCGGCGACGAUCGCAUCACCGCCAAACUCGGCGACCUAGGAAUUGUCAUGGAGCCAGCAAAAGGCCUCGUUCAACCCAUCGUAUACCGCGCGCCCGAAGUGUACUUCCGCAACGAAAUCAACCAACCAGCCGAUAUCUGGUCCUGGGGCGUGAUUUACUGCCAGCUCCUCGAAGCGCAAGCUUCAUUCAACAAAUACGGUCUCUACGACGAACUGCUGCAGGGAAAUUCAGGCCAGGGCCAGAAAGAACGUUCAGUUGAACGAGCUAUAGCACAUGACUUUGGACUGGGCGCCUUAGAUUACUAUGAUGGGUGUCGACUUCCUUACCAGGACCGCUCACAUCAUGAAGGACAACACUGGGAACAACUAAAAGCCAAGGGUGUGCCGGAGAAGGAAAUCAAGUUCCUGAGCUGGGUCCUCAACCCUGUCCCUACAGACCGGCCCACAGCGCAGCAGAUUCUGGAUGCGGGCUGGUUCACCAUGGACACGGCCAAGACGGGCAAGAUUGCCGACAAGUUGGAAGCGAGUGCUCAGGAGUCGAGACGCAGGAACAUUCAGAGGAAACGCAGUGAGCCUUUGUUCACGUACUCGGCGGCGAAACAGCAGCCGACGGGAUUGUAUACGAGGGAGCCUCCUACCACAUUUUCUUCCACGCAUACUUCAUCCAACACUCCUUCGUGGUCUCCUACACCUUGGCAGCCACAGUCGUCGCAGUCGUACUCGCAUCUGCCACCUCAAUCCCAGUCGCAACAGCCGUCGCAACCGCAGGGACAAGGAUACCAGCCUACGCCAUACCAGCCCAUGUCUUUCAAACCCGUUACUGUCCAGGCGAGCGAGGAAAUGGGGAACAAGGCAAGGCCUGUUACGCCGAGAUCUAGUACGCAGAAACCGAGUGGCAGUACGUUUUUGAACUUUGGCUCUUUUAUGCGUUGA